AUGGCGUCCAAGAAGCUCAAGAUUGCAUUUGUACACCCCGACCUGGGCAUCGGAGGAGCGGAACGCUUGAUAGUGGAUGCCGCGCUCGGACUUCAAAAGCUCGGUCAUAGCGUCGACAUUUACACCUCCCACCACGAUCCCGGACAUUGCUUUGAGGAGACCCGCGAUGGCACUCUUCGUGUCCACUACGUUGUCCCACCCUUCCCCCGUGCAAUCCAAGGCAAGCUGCACAUCGUCUUCGCCCACGCCCGCCAACUCCACCUCACCCUCCAUCUCCUCGCGCCCGGGGCGCCGAAGUACGACGUGUAUUUUGUCGAUCAGCUUUCGACAUGCGUCCCUCUUCUUCGCACGUUUGGACGCACGCGCGUGUUGUUCUACUGCCACUUCCCGGACAAGCUACUCGCGGAUGGCGCAUACGUGGAAGGGCGAACAAGGCCACGUGGCAGUCUGCUGAAGCGCAUAUAUCGACUUCCUAUGGAUUUUGUGGAGGAAACGACCACAAAGCAGGCGGACACUAUCCUGGCCAACUCGCGCUUCACAGCGGGCGUGUUCAGACGGCACAUGCCCUCCAUCAGAGUGACGCCGCGUGUUGUUUACCCAGGUAUCAAUAUUGAGAUGUAUAAACCUCCAAAAAUCUCUCAAAACGACCCGACAUGGCUCAAGCCAUGUCGUACGGACCGUCCAACUCUGCUCUCGUUGAACCGGUUCGAGGCCAAGAAGAAUGCCGCCCUUGCAAUUGAAGCUUUUGCGCAACUGCGAAAACAGAUUGCGCAGAGCAGUCGCAGUGCGCUCAUCGUCUCCCCAGGAGGGUAUGAUCCCCGCUUAAAAGACAACGUGGACACCCUAGAGUCUCUCUUGUCCCUCACGACCUCACACGUGCUCACCUACGUCGUCGUCACCCCUUCGACCUCGAGUGUCCCCCUCCCCACCCUUCCUGCGCUGUCCACCGCCGCCACGAACGGCUCCGCCAACGUGUUGUUCCUCCUCAACUUCUCCAGUGCGCAGCGCUCCGCCCUCCUCACCGCCCCAUCCACCCUCGUCCUCCUCUACACCCCCGCGAACGAGCACUUUGGCAUCGUGCCCUCCGUCGUCGAGAGCCCCGAGUCCGAGAAGACGGGCUGGCUCCGCCGCCCGGAGCCGUCCGUCUGGGCCGAGACGCUCUCGGCGGUCAUCUCGCUGCCCCAGGCGGAGCGCGUGCGGCUGGCGGAGAACGCGCGGCGGCGGGCGCGGGCGCGGUUCGGGAUGGAGGCGAUGGCGCGCGACAUGGAGGCCGCCCUGCUCGACACGGUCGCGCUGGGGCCGGUGGGGACGCCGGCGUGGGUGUGGGCGAUGGUCGCGGCGCUGCUCGGAGUGGUCGCUGUGCUUGUACAGAUGCUGCUGUGA